UAUAUUUCGUUCCCAGACCCAUUCCGUUUUUCGUAUAUUUUGGGAUUUCCCACUGAAGCGGACUCCUGCAGCUGCAUUGUCUUGAAGGAGCCACUUCCCCGUAGUCCCAUGUUGGAGUUCAAAACAUCAACGCCUGGAAUUAUCAUUCUCGAUUAUCUGCCGAAAUAGUGAACUUGAUUCAAGAGGUCUAUCAACUUCCCGAGUAGGAGAACUGCACCAAUAUCACACGCAACACAGGGAAAUCCUACGUUAGAGAUCCGUAAUUUCUAGUUGAACAAAGACGUCCCAAGGAAGGUCGGUGGCCUCGCGGGGAACUUGAACUGAUAAAAAUGUUCCUGGUAAAGUCCAGUGUCGCCCUGGUGUGUGUCUUGGGGCUGCUCGGCGUCGAUGGUGACGUGAUAUGGAAACUGUGCUCAAAUAGACAAUGCCUCUGUCGACCACAUCCCACCCAUGCUGUGUAUAUGAACUGUUCAGGUGGUAACUUCACACACAUCCCAACGCCACCCAACAAGUCCCUUCCCCUGUAUUUGACAUUAGACCAAAAUAUCCUGACCAAUGUGACCGGAGAAAUGUUCCAUAACAUACCCAAGUCCAGCUUGAGAUCUCUGCUCUUGUUCGCCAACCGUAUUUCCUUCAUCUCCAGUGAUGCCUUCAAUAGUUUCUUCAACCUGGAUAGAAUAGUUUUCUCCAGUAACAACAUAAGCAUGGGUUCACUAGCUUCAGCUGUCGCCAGCCUUGGGAACGUAUCAAUCAGGAGUCUGACUAUCAGCCAUAUGGAUGUGACGUUAUUCCCUCAAGAUUUCUUCCUCCCUCCAGCUCAUCCCCCCAACCUCACCCUCAGCCUUGUCAACAACCAACUAAAGAUGUAUCAAGUGGAAUUAUUUGAACCACUGAAAGGACUCGUUUAUCUCAAUCUGAGAGCAAACUCCAUAACUCAUAUGUCUAUUAUGAGAACGGACUAUGUACAGGAUAUACAACGUCUCUGUUUCGACUACAAUCGGUUAGAAGAAUUCCCUAAACUGUGUCGAAACAAAACAUCACACUUUCCAAAUUUGACUCGACUAGAAAUCAUGUUUAACAAUAUACGCGUUUUGUCCAAGAGCCAAUAUGACUGCCUCGAUAAUUUAAGGGAGCUGAUCUUGGAUGGGAACAUCUUGUUGGAGUUAUGGAAUAAUCAAUUUUCUGGUCUGAAAUCUCUAACAACUCUCAGACUGUCUUCUAUUGGAUGUACCCUGAGGAAGGUGGAACACGAAGCACUCAACAGCUCGACUCUUCAACACAUUUCCUUUCGAAACAACCAUAUCCAUUUUAAUAAGUCAAAGGAAAUUCCUCUUAAGAUUUUUCUAAAAUGCCCUUCACUUCAAUCCUUGAAUUUAAAUUCUAAUUCAUUCCCAAAUUUACUUGAUGUGCACUAUGAUACUUUAUUCCCAAACCUGGCCAAUCUUAAGGUGUUAAAUAUAGGAGAUUGUAGAAUUAAACACAUCCCAAGAGCCAUUUCUAGCCAUCUUAAGCAUCUCAUUCAGCUUGAUUUGAGCUCCAACGCAAUUAAAGACGCACAACCAGGCGUCUUUAACAACAUGAAAAAACUUACACAUCUAUUUCUGGCGUAUAACGAAAUCACUUCAGUCAAUAAGUCGAGCUUUCCACCUCAUUUCAUGAAAGGAUCUGGAUAUGUAGAUUUAUCCGGCAACAUAUUUUCAUGUGGAUGCGAAUCUCUCUGGUUCAUUGAAACCUUUCAAAGAGACCCUCAUCUAUUCCGAGCUGAAUGGCACAAAGAAGGCUAUAUUUGUAAUAGUCCCAGAGACCUGCAUGGCACCCACCUCCUAGAUGUUCGGAUAUCCGAAGAGAAGUGUCUGUUGAGCUGGAACGUCCUGAUGAUCCUCCUUGUGGUCCUCAUCACUCUCCUGGUAACCCUGUCUCUCCUCUACCACUAUGGGUGGAACUUGAUGUAUCUGGUGUUCAUGAUGAAACAUAGGGAACGGGAGGUGGUAGACAGACGAGAGUUUCUGUACGACGUCUUCGUAGCGUACUACAUCGACGACCUGGCCUGGGUGAGGCAGCACCUGAUGCCUGUAUUGGAAGGAUCCGAUGGACUCAAAUUAUGCAUCCAUAGCCGAGACUUUGAAGUGGGCAGAAUGAUAAUCGACAACAUAGUUCAUAGUGUUGAGAACAGCCGGAAGAUGAUCAUUGUUCUGUCGAAUAACUUUCUUAAAAGUGACUGGUGCCAGUUUGAGUUGAAUUUAAUUCAACGGCAUGUGAUAGCAUAUGGUCAGCGCCUCCUGGUGGUGGUGAUGCUUGAAGACAUAGACCCGUGUCACGUGACCAAGUCGCUGAGAGCAAUGCUGCAGACGACAACCUACCUGGAAUGGGGAGAAGAGAGUCAUACCAGACAGGCCUUCUUUAAUCGUCUGCGACUUCUGGUGAAAAGGCCAACAGACACGACAUCAUGUAGAAGAAGGAGGCUGUCGGUGUAGCAGUUGUACAAAUUGAAACUAUGCUUCUAAUUGUCGCAAAGCAAUCUUUGAUGACGUUGUCGUAUCUUCAAAGAUUAAUGUUUAUGACAACACCCCGCUUCUAUAUUUACUUGACUAUCAAUACCUCCAUCCUAUUAUAAUUGAAUGUAAAACGUCAACGCCAGGUGAGGUGAGGUGAGGUGAGGUGAAAUGGGGUUUAACGUCGCAAGAUUAUUGCACUUAUAUAGCGACGUGCAUGUAUGUGUGUGUUUGGGUGGCUGCUUGUA